AUGCAUAAAGGUCUGGCCAUAUUGCUGCGAGGAAGAAAACGUGAAUAUCGUUUUGCGAAACUUGAAAAAGAUGCACAGUGGUAUAAUGAACGAGCAAGUCUAUUGAAAAAAUCGUGCAAUGUUAAGACAAGUUUGACAAUUGAGUUAGCAUUUACUCCUGCUACUUCACAUAACAACUUUGCUCAGGCUUUAGCUGACAUUUUCGUAUUCUUCAAAACGAACUACGUCUCCUUGCUCGCAACAGCGAUGACAGACUUAAAUAGCACAUUGUUACAAGUUUAG